UUGAAUGAGCUUGUGGUGGGAGACACCAACGGGAAGCUCUAUGUUUACAAGAACGAUGACAGCAAACCCUGGGCUGUGCGAUCUUGCCAAGGAAUGCUCACGUGUGUUGGUGUGGGAGACGUAUGCAAUAAAGGAAAGAAUCUUGUGGUGGCAGUGAGUGCAGAAGGCUGGUUUCAUCUUUUUGACCUGAGUUCUCCAGCUUCAAAACACCCAGAUGCUUCAGGCCACCACGAGUUGGCCACAGCAGAAGAGCAGAAGCCGGUGUUCAAACAGCACAUUCCUGCCAACACCAAGGUCAUGCUGAUCAGUGACAUUGAUGGAGAUGGGAAGUGUGAGUUGGUGGUGGGUUACACUGACAGAGUGGUACGUGCCUUCCGCUGGGAGGACUUGUCGGAGAAUUCAGACCAUGUCUCUGGGCAGCUGCUCCUGUUGAAGAAGUGGCUGCUGGAAGGUCAGGUGGACAGCCUGUCUGUGAACCCAGGCCCUGAUGGCUCACCGGAGAUGAUGGUGUCUCAGCCAGGCUGUGGUUAUGCCAUUCUGCUGUGCACCUGGGACUCUGAGCAGCAGGCCAUGACAGAGGGAAGAGACAACUCUGCACCAAGCAGUGAGGCCCCUAUUCGAGAUGUUAUUCUACACCAAACAUCUGGACGGAUUCACAACAAGAAUGUUUCCACUCAUCUCAUCGGUAGCAUUGGCCGAG